AUGGGAAACAAGUGCUGCAAGAAGAAGACAGUUGUCGAGCCAGUCGCCGCCACGAAACCAGAGUCCCCCCUCCCAGAGCCAGUCCCACAGAAGAAAUCGAGCUCUUCAAGUUCAUCCAGCGAUUCUAGCCGGGCUCCGUCGCCAGUUCCAGCGCCGGUUAUUGAAGAAGAAAAGGGGCCAGAAGCGAGUCAUGUUCAAACCGUUGAAAUGGUGAAUGAUGAGAAAGCUCCUUCAUCUUCAUCGUCGUCCUCCUCUUCAUCUUCAGAAAGUGAAGUAAAAAUCUCGUCUGUAGCCGAGCCACCUUCUGAAGUCGUUGAAGACAAGGUCUCGUCGGUAGCUGAGCCUCCAACUGAAGAUCAAACUGAUGUAUCCUCUGUUGUUCCAGUUGCCGAAAAGAAACGAACGAGUUCUUCAAGUUCUUCAAGCUCAUCUAGUAAGAAAACAGUCUCAUUUGCCAAAACACCAAGUAAAGAAGAAAGUGUUUCUCUCACUUCUGGUUCAAGUUGUUCAAUCUCUGGUGAAGAAGUAUCUACCAGUAGUUCCAGUAGUGCCCUUUUUUCCAAAGAUUCUGUAGGAUCUGUGUCAGACACAGAACUGUCGGAGUCAGACGGUCCUAAAUCUUCUAUUGCAGAUCCCUCAAGCUCCAGUGAAGAAGAAGAAGUCGAGUCCGUAAUCCCCAACGCGGCCGAAGCCAUUUCUUCCGUCGGUGUCCCACCCAGCGACAUCGACUCAUCCACCGAAUAA